UUUUUCUUGUGGGAGAUGUACAACCAGGCCGAUUGUGAAAAGAUGGCUGCUUCCACUGACGGCAUGAAACACAAUAACACUCUGUUAAUGUAGUUCGACUAGCCUUGGCUACAAUUCAAGAGUUUCGUUGCAACUUUGCUUAUGCAAGAAAUCAUGUCUGUCCCUGGUUCCACGGUGACUGGGACCUCGGUGUCGGUUCUGCAACCGCGGUGGAAACGGGUCCUUGGUUGGUCGGGCCCCGUUCCCCGGCCCAGACAUGGACACAGAGCCGUGGCCAUCAAGGAACUGAUGGUUGUGUUUGGCGGUGGAAACGAGGGGAUAGUGGAUGAAUUACAUGUCUACAAUACUGCAACAAACCAGUGGUUUAUUCCUGCUGUCCGUGGUGACAUUCCACCUGGCUGUGCUGCUUAUGGUUUUGUUUGUGAUGGCACAAGAUUGCUGGUAUUUGGAGGUAUGGUGGAAUAUGGAAAGUACAGCAAUGAUCUCUAUGAACUACAGGCCAGCAGAUGGGAAUGGAAAAAGUUAAAAGCAAAAAAUCCUAAAAAUGGCCCGCCUCCAUGUCCACGUCUUGGUCACAGUUUUUCCCUCGUGGGAAACAAAUGUUACUUGUUUGGCGGACUUGCCAAUGACAGUGAGGAUCCAAAAAACAACAUUCCCAGAUACCUGAAUGAUUUGUACAUACUCGAGCUGCGUGCCGGGUCCAGCUUUGUCGCAUGGGAUAUUCCAAUCGCAUAUGGAGUCCUUCCUCCUCCCCGGGAGAGCCACACUGCGGUGGUUUACACAGAAAAGACGAGUAGAAAGUCUCGCCUGAUAAUCUACGGGGGGAUGAGUGGAUGUCGUCUUGGAGAUCUGUGGACUCUCGAUAUUGAUACCUUGACAUGGAACAAACCGUCAGUGAGUGGCACGGCACCACUUCCUAGGAGUCUACACUCUGCCACUACCAUCACAAAUAAGAUGUAUGUUUUUGGCGGAUGGGUUCCUUUGGUAAUGGAUGAUGUCAAAGUGGCAACACAUGAGAAAGAGUGGAAGUGCACAAACACACUGGCCUGCUUAAAUCUCGACACCAUGUGCUGGGAGACGGUGUUGAUGGACACCCUUGAAGACAACAUUCCCAGGGCCCGCGCCGGCCACUGCGCUGUGUCUAUCAAUUCCAGACUGUAUGUUUGGAGCGGCCGUGAUGGAUACCGUAAAGCAUGGAACAACCAAGUUUGUUGUAAAGACCUCUGGUACCUGGAAACCGAGCGGCCGCAUGCCCCCGCUCGGGUGCAGUUGGUCCGUGCCAAUACAAACUCGCUUGAAGUGAGCUGGGGUGCAGUUUCCACUGCGGACACAUACUUGUUGCAGCUGCAGAAAUACGACAUCCCUGCAACGCCAGCUGCAGCCUCGCCGGCCAUGAGUUCGAUCCCCUCGCAACCCGUGAACUCUCCUAAGAGCCCCGUUCCAGCUGCUGCGGCACCCUCCCCACAGACUCUGCCACAAGCUGCUGUAUUGAAGGUUGCUGCUCAGCAAUCUGCUACAGGUGCAUCAGUUGUCACAGUCCGCCCAAGCCAACCUGGGAAAUCUCCUGUCACUGUGACCUCACUUCCUCCUGGUGUCAGAAUGGUUGUGCCUGCCCAGGUCACCCAAGGCUCAGCAAUUGGAAGUAGCCCUCAGAUGAGUGGCAUGGCAGCAUUGGCUGCUGCAGCCGCAGCGACACAGAAGAUUCCGCCAGCCUCUGCUGGAACGGUGCUCAAUGUUCCCGCAGGUGCCACGAUUCUCAAAACGGUCGCCGUUUCCCCUGGCACAACCACAGUGAAAGUGGCUUCGCCAGUCAUGGUCAGCAACCCUGCCACACGCAUGCUGAAGACUGCUGCAGCUCAGGUGGGCACAGCGGGUACAUCCUCCCCCACCACUACCACCAGGCCCAUCAUCACUGUGCACAAGUCUGGUGCGGUCACUGUGGCUCAGCAGGCCCAGGUGGUAACCACUGUGAUGGGAGGAGUUACCAAGACCAUUGCCUUGGUCAAGAGUCCCCUCACCAUGGGCAGCGGUGGCACUCUGAUCUCCAACCUUGGCAAGAUGAUGUCUGUGGUUCAAACCAAACCAGUGCAGACAUCAGCUGUCACUGGCCAGGCUUCCACGAACCCUCUCACCCAAAUAAUUCAGACAAAGGGUCCCCUGCCAGCCGGCACCAUUCUCAAGCUGGUGACCUCUGCUGAUGGAAAGCCUGCAACGAUCAUCACCACCUCCCAGGCUGGAGGCGUCGGAAACAAGCCCACAAUUCUUAAUAUCAGUGGUGUCUCUUCAAAUGCCACUAAACAGGGCCCGACUAUUAUCAAAACCAUCCCAAUGUCGGCCAUUAUGACCCAGCCCGGAGCAACAGGUGUAACGAGCACUACCGGAAUGAAAACGCCAAUUACAAUCCUUACAACUAAGGUGAUGACCACUGGAACACCUGGCAAAAUUAUUACCGCAGUGCCCAAGCUCGGAACGGCAGCUGGCCAACAAGGAUUAACACAGGUUGUUUUGAAGGGUGCUCCAGGGCAGCCCGGGACUAUUUUGCGCACUGUGCCCAUGAGCACAGUCGGCGGUGUUCGACUCGUGACGCCGGUGACGGUAUCUGCUGUCAAGCCCACAGUCACAACCCUGGUUGUCAAGGGAACAACUGGUGUCACCUCUCUCGGCACAGUGACGGGCACCGUCUCCACAAGCCUGGCAGGUGGCCCCGUGGACACUGCAAACGCAUCUCUGGUGACUCCCAUCACCACAUUGGGCACCAUUGCUACCCUAUCAAAUCAGAUCAUCAGUUCGCCCGCGAUAACUGUGUCUGCCGCCCAGACCACCCUAACGUCUGCGACUCCGCUACCCUCUUCCACGAUCACAGUGCAGAACCAGCCCACCCAGGUCACUCUGAUCACAACUCCCAGCGGUGUCGAAGCCCAGCCAGUGCAGGAUCUACCGGUGUCGAUCCUGGCUUCACCCACGUCUGAGCAGCCCAGCUCCUCCGAGGCCGGUGCUGCUGGCGAUGGGUCCGGCACCGUAACAUUGGUCUGCUCUAACCCGCCAUGUGAGACGCAUGAGACGGGAACGACUAACACAGCCACCACAUCGUCUGCCGCCAUGGGAGCCGGUCCAGUUUGCUCCAAUCCACCCUGUGAAACGCACGAAACGGGAACCACCACCACAGCCACCACCUCCUCUGCGACAAUUGGAGCGGGACCGGUCUGCUCGAACCCUCCUUGCGAGACCCACGAAACGGGAACCACCAACACGGCUACGACGGCGUCAUCGAGCAUGCCUGCUCUCCUUGUGUGCUCCAACCCGCCGCGUGAGACCCACGAAACGGGGACAACCAACACGGCGACCACGGCAUCAGCUAGCAUGGGAGGAAUCCAGCGGCUGUGCUCCAAUCCUCCCUGUGAAACUCACGUGACCGGCACCACCAACACAUCCACCCAAGCGUCCUCCAACAUGAGUGAAGGCCAGCCUGGCGCCACGCAGAGUGUUUGCUCCAACCCGCCAUGUGAAACCCACGAGACGGGGACGACAAACACGCCAUCGACGGCCACCUCCAGCAUGGGAGGAGACCAGACCAGCUCGGCAAGUGGCGCCGUUCAAAGAGUUUGCUCGAACCCACCUUGCGAAACACACGAGACCGGGACCACCAACACAGCCACCACUGCCACCAGCAGUCUUGAGGCAGGAGAAGGCACAGCAGCCCAGCAGGCAGAUGAUGUCACCGAAGGCAGCGGCGGCACUGAAGAAGCCUCCUCCACUGCAGCCCCUGUCACCAGCACCCAGGGCAGGGCCAUCACUACCGUCACUCAAUCCACUCCUGCCCCCGGGCCAUCCGUACCUUCAAUCUCAUCAAUCACAGAAGGGGCGAGCACUGAGGCCAGCUCCACAGAAGAACCCAUGCAGACUGAAGCGACCGCUUCAGCAGAAGCUGCACCUGCAGAGGAGGGAGCCACCCCUAUGGACACUCAGACAGAAGGAGACACAGCGGCAGCAGCCACAGCCGCGGCCUUGAACCUGCCAUCCGAGCUUAUGUCCGAGGGCCAGGGGGCCACGCUGAUGGUGACGGGGCUAUCGGACGAGGAGCUCGCCGUCACGGCGGCCGCGGAGGCCGCCGCUCAGGCGGCGGCUACCGAGGAAGCUCAAGCCCUGGCCAUACAAGCCGUCCUCCAGGCUGCCCAGCAAGCCGUAAUAAAUGAAGCCGACGCGGCCGGGGAGGCCCAGCAAACCACCAGCAUCCCCAUCAUGCUGACGCAGCAGGAGCUGGCAGCGCUGGUCCAGCAGCAGCUUCAGGAGGCCCAGGCCGCUGCCCAGCAGGCCGCCGUGGACACAAACGUGCCCACCGAGGGCCUGGCCCCUGCCGACAGCCUCAACGACCCUUCGGUGGAGAGCAAUGGACACAGCGAGAUGGCUGCUGCUGUAACAAGUGCAGUGGCCGCCCUACUGCCACGUACCACCGCUGAGACACUCGCUCCUUCGAGUACCUUUGCACCGGUUGUGUCUGUGGCCAGUCCGGCCAAGCUGCAAGCAGCAGCUGCACUCGCGGAAGUAGCCAAUGGCAUUGAGGGAGAGAAGCAAGCCCCUCAGCCAACCCCCGCCAAGCCCGCUGUGAAGAAAGAGAACCAAUGGUUUGAUGUUGGAAUCGUCAAAGUGACAAAUAUGGUCGUCACUCACUUCUAUGUGCCAGCAGAUGACUCUCAAGGAGAUGACGAUUCUGGAGUCAUUCCGGACUACGGCCAGAUGAAGAAAAUGGAGCUUCAGCCCGGGACGGCGUACAAGUUCCGUGUCGCCGGCAUCAAUGCUUGCGGCCGCGGCGCCUUCUCGGAGAUAUCCGCGUUUAAGACUUGCCUGCCCGGAUUCCCCGGGGCACCGUGUGCCAUCAAAAUCAGCAAGAGCCCCGAUGGCGCUCACCUGACCUGGGAGCCUCCCUCGGUGACGUCAGGCAAGAUCAUCGAGUAUUCGGUGUACCUGGCCAUCCAGAGCAACCAGACGGCCGAAGCCAAGGCCUCCACUCCGGCCCAGUUGGCGUUUAUGCGGGUGUACUGCGGACCCAACCCCUCUUGCCUGGUGCAGUCUUCCAGCCUCUCCAACGCCCACAUCGACUACACCACCAAGCCGGCCAUCAUCUUCCGCAUCGCCGCCCGAAACGAGAAGGGCUACGGUCCCGCCACUCAAGUCCGAUGGCUGCAGGAAUCCGGCAAAGACGGCGCCUCCGCAAAACCGGCAGCCAAAAGACCCGGUGCCUCUCCUGAUACUAAGACUACUGGUCCAAAGAAAGCGAGAACGGACCAGUGAGGUUGGCCAGAGAUGCUCCCCGCCGCCCCUCUUUGUCCUUUUCCUACUUGCUGUCCUUUUUAUCAGGAAGACCUCUUCAUCCUCAAUGUCAGACGCCAAUGGAGGCAGAGCAGCCGAAUGAAGCGGAGAUGAAAGUCGAUCCGAGAUGUUUUCUGUAGAUAAAAACCCCUCUUCUGUCCAUGUUCCGUUGGCCGUGGUGUUUGUAGAGCGACAUCAACUUAGAAGCACAUUCUCUUUUUUCAGUCGAAUCCCCUUACCGCCAUUUUAACUUUUGCUUUUUUUUUUGAGGGGGGGGGGGUUCAGUAGUUUAGCAGCAUAGAGAAGCAUUUGCAUCGUCACAAACGGGGAGCCAGACUGAGUGCUGAGUUACUUUUUUUUUCUUCUUCCGGGGUUGAAUCCUGAGGGGAUGUAGAGAGAGACUACAUCCAAAAUGUACAGUGAUGGAACAAGGGUGUGGAGGCAUUAGAUUCGAUGACAGGAGAAAUCGGUAUGGAAUCAAAUAAAGCACUUGUCCUUGAUGAGAGGACAUUAUUUUUUUCCUUUCUUGUUUGCUCUAAAUUGUUUCAUCCAGACGCGAGUGACGGAAUCCCGGUAACGUCAUCGCUGCGCUUUUCACCCCAAGAUGAGGACUGGUGGCAUCCGGAUAUGGUCAAAAAACACAAAAGAAAAGACAAUUUGUAGAGAAAUUGACCUUGAACUUUGCUUCGACUGAGACUUUCAAAACACACACACACACAAUUGCAAAAUUUUCCCCCAAAAUUAGCAAGCGGUCGUGCAGAUCAUUUUGUGUAGUUUAUUUUUGUAUUUGUUUUUAAAGCCCCCCCCCCCCCUCCUGUGUGUAUGUUGUGUGCAUAAAAAACUUUUUUUUUUUUUUUAAUUGAUUGUUCAUCCUUUCCCUGCUAGUUUGUUUGUGGGCAGAUGGGUGGCCAUGUUGAAGUUGCCACUGUAUUUUUAAAAGUUGUCAUUCAGUUGGUUGCAUGUUGAGAAGGAAAGCGCGAGACUAUUGUACGUAUUUGCUCCAAGUAGAACUGCAGAGGUUAUAGGACUGAAGGGAACUUUCAAGUGGACCCGGGGAGAGAUUUGACUUUUGUUUACCACAACCUUCCCAAUGCUUGUGUUUUGCUUCUUUUGCCAAACAUGGAGUUUCACGCCAUUCACGCCCAACCCCCGAACAUCCCACUCACUUGUCCUUUGCUUGUUUUGCUCAUGAAUGUGGUAUCUCACCUCUUCAUUUUUUUUUUUUUUUUAGAUUGUCAAAUUAUACACGUAGGUAUAUUCCCCAAUCCUAAUGAUGUAUGUGAAUCCAUUUAAUAAAUUUUAAUUUUGUUUUUCCCUUC